AUGGAAUUAUCGUGGAUUAGAACUUUCCAAUGGUAUANACCUGUUUCAAUGGCGAGUCGUGGAAUUUAUUAUUUAACAUCACAAUAUCAAUGGAAUAAUGAUGAACUAUUAAAUUGUAUUGAUGAUAUCACAUUACACGAUAUGGAAACGUUUAUACGAACUUUAUUUGCUCGAUUUUAUGUUGAUUCACUUAUGUAUGGUAAUAUAACUGAAAAUCAAGCAAUUGAAUAUAUGACAAAUUUUCAAAGAAAAUUUCAUGAAAAACAUUUAUUUCGACCACUUUUCCCCAGUAUGUGGUUCAUUCGACGACAUCUUAUGUUACCUAAUGGCUGUAAUUUUGCAUAUACGAUGCUUAAUGAUGGAUAUCGUACCAAUGCGAUUCAUGUUUAUCUACAAUGUUUUCAUGAAACCUUAGAAAAUAAUGCAUUAAUUAAUCUUUUUGUUCAACUUAUUCAAGAAUCAUGUUACAAUCAAUUACGUACGAAAGAACAAUUAGGUUAUAUUGUCCGUUCUGGUGUUCACAAUAAACAGGGUGUAUAUGGUGUUGAAAUAAUUCUACAAUCAAAUAGUGAACCUGAAUAUUUAAAUCAAAGAAUCGAAAUAUUUCUGGAUUCAAUUCGAGAUUAUUUUCAACAAAUGUCGAAUGAUGAAUUUGAAAAGCAACGCGAUGCUUUUAUUAUAAAAUCUCUUGAAAUAUCAAAGAGAAUGGAAGAUCAAGGGAAUAUUUUUUGGUUAGAAAUAACUUCUCACGAAUUUUGUUUUGAUAGACCUCAACUUCUAGGUGAAAUUCUUAGAAAAUUUGAACGUAAAGAUUUAAUUCAAUUUUAUGAUCAUUAUAUUUCACCACGUUCUCCUCAUCGUCGAAAGUUAAUGGUUUUUGUUCGACCAUCACCAUUGGCAUCUUCGUUAAAUGAUGAAAUACCUGAAAUAAAGAUCAAUGAAAAAGCAACCACAACACAUAUACCAGAGAUUCAAUGGAUAGAAAAUACUCUUUUAUGGAAAAGUGAAUUGGCUUGUUAUCCAGUUGCUCAACCGUAUGAAAAGAUUAAUGUAUCAUUCAGAGAGUAUGGGUGA